GGAGUGGCCAGAGCAGGUCUGGAACUGAUGAGGGUCGAGUUCCACAGGAAGCAGACCAGGCACUGCUACCAUGCUCCGAGCAGUGGCCUGGGUCCACCGAGGCCUGUUUCACCCCUGCGGGGCACUAUCUGUACGGAUGCGCAGCAGUGGUGCAGACCAAAAGGGUGUCCUAGCCAAUCGGGUAGCCGUGAUCACGGGGUCCACUGAUGGGAUCGGCUUCGCCAUCGCCCGGCGUCUGGCCCAGGAUGGGGCCCAUGUGGUGAUCAGCAGCCGGAAGCAGCAGAACGUGGACCGGGCAGUGGAGGCCCUGAAGGCGGAGGGGCUGAGGGUGACAGGCACCGUGUGCCACGUGGGGAAGACUGAGGACCGGGAGCGGCUGGUGGCCACGGUCCAGGAGCACUGUGGGGGUGUCGACAUCCUGGUGUGCAAUGCUGGUGUCAACCCCCUGGUGGGGAGCACUCUGGAGUCCGAUGUUGGGGUGUGGGACAAGAUCCUGGAUGUGAAUGUGAAGUCCCCAGCCCUGCUGCUGAGCCAGCUGCUGCCCCACAUGGAGAACAGAGGGAACGGUUCUGUUAUUCUGGUCUCUUCUGUGUCAGCGUAUAUGCCACUUUCGAUGCUGGGUGUCUACAAUGUUAGUAAGACAGCCCUGCUAGGUCUCACCAAGACGCUGGCGUUGGAGCUGGCUCCCAAGGACAUCCGGGUGAACUGUCUGGUUCCAGGAGUGAUCAAGACUGAUUUUAGCAAAGUGUUACAUGACAAUGAGGUUUUUUGGAACAACUUAAAGGCACAGAUGCAACUGCAGAGGAUGGGGCGGCCUGAGGACUGUGCGGGAAUAGUAUCCUUCCUGUGCUCUCCAGAGGCCAGCUACAUCACCGGCGAGAGCAUCGUGGUGGCCGGCUACUCCCCUCGGCUCUGACAGGGCUGGGGGCCCUGUGGGUCUGGGCAUAGCCAGAGGGUGGGGGGGCUAGGAGGUCAUUAAUUUCCAACAGAAUCCAAAACCCUGUCAGACUAACAAUUUGGGGGCUCACUCGUGUCAAGCUUGAGGAAGCUCCCCCAGUCUUUUCAUUCUCAGGACCCUGCCUGCUAUGCUCCAGCCAACAUGGGGGC